ACUAAGACAAAAUUCAUAAAACUAAGCAUUUAUUAAACAUAAAAGCCAUGAAAAGAAGGUGAAAACAAUCUAAAUGUGCAUCAAAUGGGUGCUAUUUAUGACACCAUCAAGCACUACCUCUUUUAGGUAACCACCUACUCCUUUCUUUCUCUUUUCAUUUUCCUUUCAUUUUGCCUUUGUUUGUUUCAUUAAAAAAUGGUAUUACAAACACACACGGCAUGACCUAGGAUAGCUGUCAGCCGGUCACCUGGGACGGCUGAAUCUAAAACUAGGGGUACCGCUUGUCCUGAAUUGCUCUCUCCAACGAAUCUGUCUGUGUCUAUGCACGACACUAUGGAUUAAACAAAAAAGGACAGCUUGGCCGCCUACUGAUGAAGAGGAUGAAAGUCCUAUUAAUGUGCCCAGAAGCGAGGUAUCUUAUUACCCAUCCGGCGUCCAAAUGAUGCCGACUAACUCGAUUCUGGUUGAGCAAGAAAAUGCUCUCAUCGAAGAGGCAUCCGGCUCUAGAGAGGAGUCGUCUCAGUCGGAUGCUAGCUACAACGGCCUCAGAAGUGAGUAGGAGCUACCUGUGAAUGCUGAGGAAGGCUCUGAGGAAGGGGUCGCCUCUCUCGAGCGAGGCCAGGAAGAAAAUUCUUCCUCCCUCAAAGAAAUAUUUACUCCUUCUUCAGCCAUAUGUCCGCAUCUACCCAGAGAACCAUACAGAAACACUUGGGUGAUUUCUGGGACACCUAUUUCAUGGGUGUCCGCUAUCAAAUAAACGUUCCAGCCCUAACAAUUCAGUCGUCUGGCUUCUUGACCCGAGCUAUGGAGAUAUUUGCUUUGGGUGCUAUACGGCCACAUUACAGGUGGGCCUUAGGUUUCCGUUUGAUUCAGAAAUUGAAAAGAUCCUGGACGGGUACCGCUUGGGAUAUGGCAACUAGAACCCAAUUCAUGGGUUAAUAUUCUAGGAUUUGUAGCCUCUUGUAGGAUGCAGGACGUUGAGCCUAGCUUUGAGGCCUUCACCCACAUGCAUUACCUAAGAAAAGCUCUCGCAUCAGCCGGCCCCAGGUGGUUCACCUUAUCAUGUAACAAAGGUUACAUGAUGAGUUUGGGGAAAGAAAACAAAUGGAAGCAUUGGAGAAACAAGUUUUACAUUGUUUUUUCCCCUGAUACCAUCCGGAACCGGAAGUAUAAUUCCUUGAACAAAUAUCCUCACCUCUUAGGUUAGAAAGCUAUUCUCCCUCGUGUGUCUGACGAAGGUUAGGACUAGAUUUUGACACCUAGUCUAUUUAAAGUUGACGUGAAAAUGGUUAGGGGGGAACCGAGAAAGAGAUUACCACUAAAAUCUAUAUCCUAGAGUUCAAUUGGCUAACUAAUCCUUUCUAUUUGGCCGCCUGUGGCCUUAGAAGUGAGAAGGGAAGAGGUGGGAAAUUGUCUGAGUCUUUGCAUAGCUAUAAUUUCAUUUAUUUUUUUUUACUAACAUUUCAUUUGGUCGUUUGCAGAAGAAGCCAUGUCUCAGCUUGAUCCGAGCAAAAAACCAGGAGGCGACGCCUCAGCUUAGUGCCAAAUAAUGAAGCACAAAAACCAAGUGUUCAAGUAAGAACAGCUUGAGCAUGUAAGUUUUUUACAUCUGUCUUAUUACCGUUGGCCCUUUUUUUCAAACUUUUUAUUUCAAAGUUGAUCCUUUUUUAGGAAAGGUUGGUGGAGCUGCAUGUACUACCAACACUGCCAGACUCCGAUUAAAAGAAGGAAGACGGUUGCUCACAAAUCAUCAGCUAGCCAGUUAGAGUCCCACCCCUCUAUAGGUGGCAAGUCGCUGGUUGUUAUGGCUGCUUUGAAGAAGGCGGAGGAGUCCAAGUCGGCUAAGGAAAAAACUCCAACUGGGGCAACCGACUCUCUAGGCGGCCAUUCAAGCAGGCGGAGUGAAGAAUGCUCAAGAUUUGUUCAUCAUCCCAGAUACCUCCGCCUUUGAUCCCUAGCAUUACCCUUGUAGAGUUAAGACUUAUAUUUAUUCGCCAAACAACUCUGAAACAUACCUGUCUUUUGGCAGGAUCUAUGCCAGCCUCUUACCAAGUAUUAAUUGUGUAGAUUCUCCCCAGGCGCCGGAUGAUAAGCGGAUCGCCAAGGACAUGAUCGCUGCUGUCUCUGCUGAACAUCGCGACUCUAUCAAAGGAGUCAGCUCCCUGAACUUUAAUGAUAUCCUUGCAAAUUUGGCAGAGAUGAAAGCUAAUGGUCAUAAAAAACCAUUCAGCGACAAGCGGAAAGAGGUAAGGGUUGCCAACUUAAGGGCCGCUUCCAAUCUUGACAAAUCCAUGUUUGAUGUAAAUAAGACUGAGUUGUUGACUGAAGAUAUCCUAUACUUACAAGAGACUGCAAAUUUGCAAGUGAUGAAAAAUUUGGUGGCGGCCCAGAAGAGGGUGACUGAACUGAAGGCGGCUAAAGAGAAGGUUGAAGAGCUUCAAGAUGCUGGCAAAGAGACAGAUAGUCUCUAGAGCCAACAUGAUAAACUUCAACACAAGCUUGCCAAUCAAGUAAAGCAGCUCGCCUCCAAAUGGUCUGCCAAGGUGGAAUAGGAGAAAAGGCUGCUCGUUGAGGAAAACAAGGCCGAUUGCGUCACUCGCAUGAAGAUGGUGUGCAAGGAUCUCUUUCCCAAAGACAACUACUCAUUUGGGAGUAUCGUUAUGAGCAAGUUACAGAGGAGCAGGAUUCUCAGGCAGGCUAGGGAGCUGAUGGCGGCAAGGGGGACCAGCAUGAGGACGAGGGCAAGGAAAUUAAAGUGAUGGAGAUCAUCAGGCCAAUGAAGAAGUGGCGGAUGAAAAUGAAGCCGAGGUCCUCUCCUAAAGCUAAUUAAUUUUAAUGUUGUUUCUGCGGCCGGAUGGAUAGUUCAAAUAUAUUUUUGACCUGCGUGUCGAGUAUCUCUUGUUUCUUUAUCGACUGAGGAGUCGGGUUAAUCAACAUUUUAUUUUUUUUUCAUCGGUUGUUUAGUCGGUUAACAAUUUGACUUUUUAAUUUUGCUGGCCAAGGGGUCAGCUUUUUAUGAUGAAUCAUCUGCCCAAUAGGUCGGUUUUUAAUGUUUGUGUUUGGUUUCUAACAAUUGUGUUUUAUUUUCUAAAAUUUGUAUUUUGUGUUUGAAUGGUAUACCAGAUUGUUUUAUCCCUGGGCAGCUGUGCACUUGGGUUUAAAAGUUUGUUGAUUGGCUUGAAAAUGGGUGAUGCUGGUUGAGGUAUGACUGAUUUUUGAGUCAAUCAAUCACUAAGGUGAUUGCCCCAAGCCAAGCGCGCAGUCGGCCACUCUAGGAUCCAGCUCUUAUUGCAAGCGGUCACUAGACCUUUCUUCCAUGGUAGAAUGGUUGUUCAUGCAACAAGUAUUACAAGUUGAAUGAACUUCAAUGUUAAUUUAGCAUCGGUCCGCCUGAGAUUCUUCCUUUACAGGCGUCUCAUAUUUUUAGGCAUCCCUUUUCGCCUACGCAAGUUUAAAUGGGUCCGGAUGAGUGAUCAUGCUACAAAUAUUACAAUUUUCAUGAAAUAGGAAGUUUGCAAUUGUCCGCCUGCUAGUUUUCUAUUACAAUAGCAAGCAAUUCUAUGAGCCUUAUGUGCUCACCCCAUUUCGAGAGGGCUUCAUCCAACUUAGGCUAAUUCUCAAACUAGUCGUUUAUGUAUGUGGCCAUAAUCCAAUUAUACUCCAUGUCCGCAUUUCCCUACUAGGAGGAAUUGUAUAAUUUUGCGAGGUAAUCUAAGUCAGAAUUUCAGUCGAUGGCCGAUUGAUGUACCCAACAUCCGACCAUUGCAUUCUUAGUCCUUCUUUAGAUUUCCAUGGUCAGGUAGCUGUGAGUUGACCAAUUAGGUCGUUCAAUUUCUACCGGCUGUAUGCAAUUGUAAAGCAGACGAUAGAAUGCCCUCUGCGACGAUAACACCCAG